AUGGCUGGCAUUGACUGCCUCCCGGGCGAGAUCUUAGUUGAGAUCCUUGCUCAAGUCAAGGUCAAUUCUUCGAAUCUCUUCAGCUGCAUCCUCGUCAGCCGGUCAUGGUAUCAAUUAGGACUCCCACUGCUCUACCGCAAUGUGGUGCUGUCCGACUCGAAUGUCAGUGUUUUCUGCGGAAAGCUCAACGCAAGUCACGGCUCACUCGUUCGAUCAUUGACCGUCCGCAUUGCUCCCAUUGAAGAUGCACCGGCUACAUUGCUCCCUGGCCUGCUGAGUACUCUCGUCCAGCUGCCGAGAAUGACUACUUUCGCAUUCCGCGUCACACGUCAGCCGGUCCCCUCGUUCUCCCUCUCCCAGGACCAGUUAAUAUCUCUUGUGGAUGCGCUUCCUGAAAGCUGUAUCAAUCUAGAAAUUGAUACCAACUCCUCCGAUGUUGCACCCAAUGCAGACGGUGCUCACUUUUGCAAUGCACUGCGCCGCAUCCUUCCGCGCAUGAGGAACGUUCGUCUUCAGCUAAAAUUUAUGUGCUCGCAGCUUUUUGGGGACGGACCGCCUCUCCCGGGCAACCUGCCCUCCGAUCCCAGCCUGCCAUUUGAACCUGUCUCGUUGCCCAACAUACAGACCCUCAUGGUGGAUUGCAUUGCAGAUAACGCAAAUCUUCCAAAACACUGCAAGCACCCUAAGAUGGCACGUCACCCAUUUACUGGUUGGGACUCCGUGACCGAGGCAUUAAAGCGAGUGGUUGAACAAGACGGCUCUCACCCACCGUCAGCCAGGCUCUUCGUACUCAGCUCUCUACCCCUCAACAAUACCAAUCAGAGGAGCUGCACCGCUUUUGCACGCGCGGAAAUGGUAUCUCAAACUACUUAUACCCUCCCGUUCUGUAUCUUUGCUUUUACAAACCAAUAUCAUGGCUGGAUGCUUCGCACCCCGGAUGGCCGGGAGAUCUUCUCAACGGUUUGGACAUUGAAAGAUUUUGCAGAGGGCGGGGUAUGGAAGACUAUCGUUGGCGGAAGCAGGAUCCCCGCGGAGGUCCUCCUGCAGAAGGAAAAGUCUUUCAUUCCAGCACUGUACGUGGAAGAAAAGCUUCCGAUUAUGUCUCUGAAAGAAUGGACGGCGCGGUAUCCUGAUAUAUCCUGCCCACUGUGGCGGAAUGAGCUGCAGGCGGGAGUGAGACUUCUCGAUGGAGAAAAGAGAGAAGGGCCCGAGGAAUAUCUGUCUCGAAGACCAGUUACUGAAAAGACACCGCCGGGCUUUGUGAGGCUAAGAUCCGAAGCUUACAUUAAUCUUUACGGGCAAGAUGAUCCCCGUAUCAUCAACCGGACAUGA